GAUUUAGUUCUUGUUAUUAGUGUGUAAUUUAUCCCUUUUCUUUAAUGUACUUCAUUUUUAUAAUUAUUUUGAGCAGAUUCCAUUUGAGCUAAGAUUUCCACCAUUUGGUAAAAUUUGUGCAAGUUAAAGAGAAUGGCUGGGUUUUGUUUGUAUUAGACAAAUACACAUGGUGUUAGGGUCUUACAGCUGCAGAUACCUUUCCUCAUAAUAUUUGCCUUGCCAUGUUGGAUCUGUUGUAGAGGCGAGAGAAAAUUUAUUUGUGAAGGCAGGGAACUUCUCUCACUCAUCUUUUUGUGUUUCUUCUUGCUACAUUGUCUGUCUGAGCAUGAGUUCCUCAAAAUGAGCUGUUUUGGGUUCUUGAUUUGAGGGAUCUACUUCUUUAUAUUUGGUCCUGAAAUGGGUGUUUCUUAUUUCUUGGUUUUGGGAUCUGGGUUUUGAAGUUUUGUUGAAUGUAGUGGAGUUGCUUUCGGGGUUCUUGGGUUAUAGGAAGUUUUGGGUUUUCUUUCUUUUUUUUUUUUUCCUCCUAAUGGCUCCGAGAUUGGAUUUUUCAGAGCGGUGGACAAAAGAUAGCAAAAAGGGAACUCCAGUGGUAGUGAAAAUGGAGAACCCCAACUACUCUAUUGUAGAAAUCAACGGUCCAGAUGCUGCAUUUCAGCCAGUUGAAAAGAGCAGAGGCAAGAAUGCUAAGCAAGUGAGGUGGGUCUUGCUCCUCAAGGCUCACCGAGCUGUCGGUUGUGUUGCUUGGCUAGCUACUUUCUUCUGGUCUUUGCUUGGGGCCAUUAAGAAGAGGUUGAUCUUCAGACAAGGAGUUACAGUGGCCAGUGAGAAGUUGGGUAAAGGGAAACUGGUGCUUAGGGUCAUCAGAGUCUUUCUAGUGACUUCUCUGGCAAUUUUAGCUUUUGAAGUGGUUGCUUAUUUGAAAGGUUGGCAUUAUUUUGAUAAUGCUAAUCUACACAUUCCAAGGACUCUGGAUUUGCAAGGCUUGCUUCACCUGGUUUAUGUUUCUUGGUUAACAUUUCGGGCUGAUUACAUUGCACCUCCAAUUCAAGCUCUGUCAAAAUUCUGUGUCGUUUUGUUCCUUAUCCAAUCUGCAGAUCGUUUGAUUCUUUCCUUAGGUUGCUUUUGGAUUAAAUACAAGAAGAUUAAACCCAGGAUUAGUGGGGAUCCUUUCAAGUCAGAUGAUGCAGAGGCACCAGGCUAUGAGUAUCCUAUGGUUCUUGUUCAAAUCCCAAUGUGCAAUGAGAGGGAGGUGUAUGAGCAAUCUAUCUCUGCAGUCUGCCAACUUGAUUGGCCAAAGGACCGAUUACUGAUUCAAGUUCUUGAUGAUUCUGAUGAGGAGAACACCCAACGUUUGAUUAAUGCAGAGGUUUCUAAGUGGAGCCAAAAGGGUAUCAACAUAAUUUAUAGGCAUCGUGUGGUUAGAACUGGUUAUAAAGCUGGCAAUCUGAAGUCUGCAAUGAGCUGUGAUUAUGUGAAGGAUUAUGAGUUCGUUGCAAUAUUCGAUGCAGAUUUUCAACCUAAUCCUGACUUCCUUAAGUUAACUGUGCCUCAUUUCAAUGGCAAUCCUGAGCUUGGGUUGGUUCAGGCAAGAUGGGCCUUUGUGAACAAGGAUGAAAAUUUGUUGACUCGUCUCCAGAACAUCAAUUUGUGUUUUCAUUUUGAGGUUGAACAGCAAGUUAAUGGUGUAUUCUUAAACUUCUUUGGUUUUAAUGGAACUGCUGGUGUUUGGAGAAUUAAAGCCCUUGAGGAGUCUGGUGGAUGGCUUGAAAGGACAACUGUAGAGGACAUGGACAUAGCUGUCCGUGCGCAUCUCAAUGGUUGGAAAUUCAUUUUCCUCAAUGAUGUAAAGGUUCUUUGUGAAGUUCCGGAGUCCUAUGAAGCUUAUAGGAAGCAACAACAUCGCUGGCAUUCUGGCCCCAUGCAACUUUUUCGCUUGUGUCUUCCAGCAAUUAUAACUUCUAAGAUAGCAAUAUGGAAGAAAGCGAACUUAAUCCUACUGUUUUUCCUACUGAGAAAACUCAUCCUUCCCUUCUAUUCCUUUACAUUGUUCUGCAUAAUUCUUCCCCUAACCAUGUUUGUCCCUGAGGCUGAACUUCCUAUGUGGGUUAUCUGUUAUGUGCCUGUUUUAAUGUCAUUCCUCAACAUUCUUCCAGCCCCAAAAUCCUUCCCUUUCAUUGUCCCCUACCUCCUCUUUGAAAACACAAUGUCAGUUACCAAAUUCAAUGCUAUGGUAUCUGGAUUAUUCCAGUUGGGUAGCUCUUAUGAAUGGGUUGUCACCAAAAAAUCUGGUAGGUCAUCAGAAUCUGACUUAUUGGCUGCUGCCGAAAAGGAUUUGAAGGCCACAAAUCAACCACAGAUGCAAAGAGUAGUUUCUGAGAGCGAGCUUGGAGAGUUGAACCGAUUGAAGGAACAGAAAGAAUCAGCCUCUAAACCUGUUAAGAAAGUGAACAAGAUUUACAGGAAAGAGCUUGCUCUGGCAUUCCUCCUACUCACAGCUGCAGUCAGGAGCCUGUUGUCUGCUCAAGGAGUUCACUUCUACUUCCUUCUCUUCCAAGGUGUAACUUUCCUUCUUGUGGGUCUUGAUCUAAUUGGUGAGCAAAUGAGCUAAGAAAUUAUAAGGAUGACACGAAGAAAUCGAAACACACGCAUCUACUUGGACUCGGCUAAUCCGCUUCAUAACAGUUUCCCAUCACUGUUGCAACUGAGUAAGCUCAGUCCUGAUCUCUUUCUUUGGAAAACAGUGGUGAAGGGGUAUCGUCUAGUACAAUAAAAUGAUUUUUCAUUUUCUACAUUUGAUUUAAAGACUAUAGGAUGGUCUCUAUUCGUCAAUCACCCACCAACACUAGUCACACUCUCUUAUAUUUAUUGUUCCACAUAGAGUAUCUACCAUUGUAGCUCCCCUUAAGCAUUGAAUUGUUGUUGGUUGCUAUAGGAUGGAUAUUUAUGUUCCAAUUUUUUUACAGUCGACUUAUAUUCUUGCAUGGUUGUGAUUUAGCAUUUAAAUUCAAGCCAAAUUGUACUUGUAAAUGGAAAAAAAGAAGUGCAAGUUUGAUUGAGGUUGAAGGAUGAGCUUGCUUCAUGCUCUCUGGUUUUCA